AUGUAUGCAGGUUUUCCCCUCCCCUGGUUCGUGAUGCUUAUCGUUUUUGUCGUCCUGGCGACCAUCUUCAUCGUGACUGAGAGUGUCCGCGCAUGUAUCGCCGCUCGUCGUCGCCGACAGCAGGAUCAGCUGCUGGUUAACAACGAGGUUAUCAUAUCUACACCGCCCAACACCCCAAGUACUCUAGGCUUUCAUGCUAGGCUUGGUCCCGCGGUCGAGGUGGCGCUCUCUAAGGCCUUCUCUCGCCUUGGCCGAGGCAUCGCAAGACACCCGGUCGCCACACUCAUCCUCUCACUCAUUGUUAUUGCCUCCCUAUGCUGCGGCCUCACCAUGUUCACAGUCACUACAGCACCCGUGGAUUUGUGGAGCGAUCCAAAAUCGCGUGCUCGCCAGGAGAAGGACUACUUUGACACGCAUUUCGCGUACGUGCACUUCUUAUGCUAUCAGAUAUUUUUUUCUUGCUGA